AAAAAAAGAAGAAGAAUUGAAAAGUGAGUAAUAUAAGUACAUACCUAGGUACCUACAUAGGUAAAUACCUACAUAUUCGGUAGAGAUACGCUUGUUUAACUACCACGGCGUCCUUGGUAGCCGUGUAAGUGGUGGACUGGACGAGGCUUGACACGCACGGGUUGUACAUAUUUCACCAGUAUUUUCGAGUUGAGAUUCGCAACGGCAAGGGAUUACUUCUUUUUUUAAAAGGGUGAAUAAGAAAGAGCCUGCUUGAUCAACUGGUUGCUUGUCAAGCCCUACCACGGUUGCUGGCAGUUCAUCCAAUUGUUGUCACACCAAGCACGAUAUCGCUAAUUGCGCGAAAAUCAAAUCAUUGCAGAUGCAAACGGAUUGUAUUCCUUUGACACAACACAAGACAACGGGCACAACAACACCCAGUCAGCCACAAUGUUCGGAGUUACACCACACGCGGUACCAUACAUAGCACCGCCAGCACCCCCCAAGACCAAAAAUGGCCGAACUAAGAGCAGGUCCUCAAGUCUUGUUCCUUUCAGAGAUGACUCUAAGUUGGUAGCGUUCCGGUACGACCAAACCAUCCAGGCAGAGCCACCUAUACCGAUACCACCACCUCGAUCUUCUCGCCGCCCACCACCACGUCCUAUUUCGUGCAAUACAGCUCGUAUUCCCAUCGUCGUACUGCCUCCACGUCCUGCCCCUCCUACUGAACAGCACCCGGCACUGAGAACUAUCAGCAGUCCACGGACGAUCGUAGAUGUGAGAAAGCGGGAUUCCUGUCAUUCGCCGACUACCCCUUCGAGCUCGUGGACUAUUCGCGAGGAUAGCGAGACGGAUGACGAAGACCCUUUUACCUACGAAAAUGUUAAGAAAUUUGGCGAAAUUAGACCUCUCCAACUGACAACUCGUUCUGCAUCGCCUUCUCUAUAUUCACGUCAAGAGGAACGAGUAAGCGAAUCCAACAGCAGGGCUAGCGCUCCUUCACCAGCACUGUCGGACGGCGAUACUGUUUCGCCAACAUCUCCAAACACUCCACCUUCUAACUUCUCAAAAAGGUUUGUAAGAAGCUUCAGUUUGCGAUCUAACUCAUCCAAAUCGUCGUUUUCAAAGAUGAGGCGAUUACGGAAGAAAUUAGGAAAUGAUGGGGUACCGUGCGCUGCUGAGAACCCCGGCUACCCACUAAACGGGCAAAACGGGCAAAACGGGCAGGACGAAUCGGCGCCUAAAUCCCCUAAAUCCUCUAAAUCCCCUAGCUUAGGCAGAUUGUCACCAAUACCUGACCCCCAUGAUUCUCCAGUUAUUUCAACCACUAUCCCCACCGAGAGAUUACUGGAAGAUGAUUUUAUGACCCAGCUGUCCUUCUCUAAGCGUGGCAGCCUCAUUUUUGGCGCCAAGCACCCGCGCAAAUCCAACAGGAAUAUUCCUAAGAUGGCCGAACAACACGGCAUCGUCAAUAAUGAAACCGCCGGCGCCGAUCGACCUAGAGAACCACGCGCUUUUCCUCUAAUACCGACGCGCGAAAAGGUUCCCGACGCCGUUGUUGUCGGCGCGAGCGCUAAUGAGCCCGCCAAAUUCUCAGGGGCUCCCGACGACGCCUUGACCAGCACACCGCCCACACCGCGUCGGCUACCUCCUAGUGUUCGGGUUAUAUCUGCUGAGGCGGAGAAGGAAUCUCAAAAGGUGAGAUCGCUCUAUGAAUCCGGGGAAGGUGUCAAGUGGGAAGAGGGCGCGAGACACUCGUCGAUUGAUGAGCGUAUCCAGCCCUCAGCAGAAGACCCGCCAGAAGAAGAUGCGAAUGAUGCGUCAAACGACCAGGCUGGACACCCUACUCCAAGCUCGGCUUCUACUUCGUCGCCACAAGAUAACGACGUAAGGCGCGAAUAUGAGUUAGCAGGAGGAAUCGAGGAUUGGGAAGGGGUGCAGGUUGAAGAUGUCGAUCGUUACGGUUUCAUUUCAGUUCAGCAGCCGCAAGAUUCGCGGCCGUCGUCGCCGACCGGAACCACCACGUCCGUCCAUUUUUCAAUGCGCAAACAGCGAAACGUUCUUUUUCGGAAAGAAACGACAUCACAUUCGUUAAGAGUCAGGGGCGGCCCCAGUAGAAAGAUGUCAACACGCUCCUUGAAUACACAGGCGUCGGAAUUAUCUACGGCGUCGCAUCGUUCCGCUCUUUCGACUACCUUCCGCCAAGCCACAAAUUUAUUGCCCCAUAACAGGGACAGGAGAUUGCUAGACGAAGCUGGGGAUAUCCUUGCAACGCACCCAGGCUUAACGCAUGUUACUGAGAACGGGUCGGCUGAGAGGAAGCUAACCGAGUCGAAACUGAAGGAGACGCAGCGCGCUGAGAAGUGGUUGAGGAUGGCUACAGUAAUUAAAGUAGGCGACGAUGGCCAAGGUAUGGUGUUUGAUUUUAAUCUGAAGCACCCGAAGCUAGUCAAACGUGUAUGGAAGGGUAUCCCCGAUUGUUGGCGAGCGGCAGCUUGGUAUUCGUUCCUCUCUACCGCUGCCAAGGCUAGCAGCGAACCCUUUGCUACGGAGGAGGAAAUCAAGGCUGAUUACCACCGGCUCGCCGAGGAACCAUCGCCUGACGAUGGGCAAAUCGAUUUGGACGUGCCUAGGACAAUUAAUCAACAUAUUAUGUUCAGGCGGAGAUACCGUGGUGGCCAGCGAUUGCUUUUCCGAGUACUGCAUGCCUUGUCCCUCUAUUAUCCCGACACGGGCUACGUCCAGGGCAUGGCUCCGCUGGCGGCAACUUUCCUGAGCUAUUUCGACGAGGAGAUGUGCUUCGUAAUGCUGGUGCGACUAUGGAAGUAUCGUGGUCUCAAUCGAAUGUAUGGUUCCGGAUUCGUAGCGCUCAUAGAGGCUCUGAAAGAUUUCGAAAACGAUUGGCUAGCUAGUAGAGACGUCGCUGCGAAACUUACUGAGCUUUGCAUCGACCCGACGGCGUACGCCACUAAGUGGUAUCUGACCCUUUUCAACUUGUCGAUACCAUUUCCUGUUCAGCUCCGCGUAUGGGAUGCAUUCAUCCUACUCGGCUCUUCGCCAGAGCCGACGGAGGGCUCCACGUCACCGACCAAUGCUGCUCCAGAACCGUCGUCUAAGGGACUCGAGAUCCUCCACGCAACUAGUCUCGCUAUCAUUGACACGCUCCGGCCAACGCUGCUGGAUUCUGACUUUGAAAACGCUAUGAAGUCUCUUACUUCCUGGGUUCCUAUUAAGGAUGAGCAAGGAUUUAUGGACCUCGUUCAGCUAGAGUAUAGACGGCAUGAGAGCAAACAGAAGACCUAGGAGGCUAGAUCGCCUCUUUGAUGCAUCACCUGACCAGGGUCCGAAGUUCUUCACAGACUCCUAAACCUGCUUGCGGCACUACAUGCCACUUUUCUUAAAUUCGCGCUGAGAUGGGAUUUUCCUGUGGGGGGAGAGGGAUUCGGAGGGAAUCCGUGAUACCGGUUUGCAGGCCAACCGCUACGUUGGCUAGCUAAUUUACAAUAACCUACAUCGCCUAGGCCGCGACAAGGGUCUGAUUUAGCAUCCGAUUUCCUUUGUGCUUCGGAGGAGCGCUGGUUGUUUCGCCUUUGCCCGGGCUACGAGGCGGAAGCUCUGGAGACGCUGAUGGAUGGUUCUUCGCAUUAUACCCCCUACGCAUUCGAAUGGAUUGUUCACGGAUGGUGGAAGACCGGUUACUCCGCCGGCUUAUCGUUACUACUACUACUACUACAUUACAUUAUACCUAUUUAAUACGGAGCUUCACCGUACGAACCUCGCCGAGGUCGUACCAACUAUACCCCCCCUACACGAGCGUCUAGUACUUGCUUAUUCUAGACGUUGUAUUACCCUACGAUAGUAUGAAUUUGAUAUACCUAAUAAUUUACCUUCCCUCGAUAUUAUUUGACUUUA